AUGCAGCAACAGAUGAUAAACAGAGCUGAAGAGGUGACUUGGGCUAGCUUCAGGACGAGGUUCCUAGAGAAGUAUUUUCCUAAUAGUGCUAAACAUGAGCGCGAGGCAGAGUUUCUCACCCUACAGCAGGGAAGUUUGUCUGUGCAGGACUAUGUGGAGAGGUUUGAGUACCUCUCGAGAUUCUACUCGCAGACAAUGACGGAGGAGUGGCGCUGUAGAAAGUUUGAGGGUGGCCUCAAACAUGAGCUGAGGCGUUUUAUUGUGCCACUAAGGGUGCGAGAGUUUCCAAUCUUGGUUGAGCAAGCCAAGAGUGUAAAGCAGCUGGAGAUGGGACCCAGUCGGGUCAACCGCACGGAGAAGAAUAGUGUUGAGGGCAGAUUCCAGAAAAAGCCCUAUAGUAGACCAGUUACGUCUUCAUGGAAACUGAGAUGCUAUAACUGUGGGGGUGAAGAUCUGCAACGAGAUUGUACUAGACCCGCCCACAGCGGAGGCAGUGGCAUGGGCACUCGUAAGUGCUAUGCCUGUGAUCAGCCAGGACAUUUCGCCAACAGAUGUCCUAAUAGGAAGACUGCUCCAGCAUCACGACCUCAGCCAUCCUCAUCUGACAGGCCGAGAGCCGCAGGCCGAGUUUUUGCCAUGACCAGCACAGAGGCCACCCGGUCAGGUAAUCUGAUUCUGGAUCAUUGUCUACUUUUUGGUAACAGUGUGUUAGUGCUAUUUGAUUCAGGAGCUUCGCACUCCUUCAUAUCUCAUGAUUGCGUGAAGAAAUUGGGGUUGUCUACUCGUGACCUUGGAUGCAAGUUGAUAGUUUCGACACCCGUGUCUAGACAGGUUUCAACAAAUGUAGCCUGUAUUGGAUGCUUUAUGGAGGUAGAGGGUAGACGCUUCAAGGUGAAUCUAGUUUGCUUGCCCUAG